CUUGGCUGCUACUAAGAAUCCCCGGUUUGCUUUUUGGAUGUGGGCUUGUGAUUCAACUCACCUUUCCAGGUCCACGAUUCCCAGCUUUGGAUAUGCCCGAUGCUUGACAUUUGUUAUUAAACUCAUCCUAUCCAUCGCUCAUCAACAUCCCAACACAUUCCACUCUGGCCGCCUGUUAACUCGCCCACCUUGUCCUUCUACAUUCGGCAGCAAUGGGCACUCCUGUAACUACAACAAUCAUUGGAAAUCACAAAGACAGACCGGUGGUGGUGGUCAUCAUAAGCUCCAACGUAGUUGUCAUUCCUGGAUCAACCACCUUGACCGCAGGUCCCCCCACUACUAUUUCAAAUAAUGGACUCAACUUCCUUUUUGGACCGGACAAUGUUCUUUGGGUCGAUGGUACGAGUCUCAAUGUUGCAUCAGCGAUAGUAGGCCCUUCAUCGUCACCUUCAAGUGCAGCGUCUAGCAAUACCAUGUCGACGAUUCUGACCACACCAACACCGGGACAGAGUAUCUCCUUUGUCAGCUCUACGGCAGCGUCUGGAAGUGCUCUAAGUGCCACCCAAUCCACCACAUCACCUACAGCAACAGGCAAAAGCCAUCCGUCUAAGUCUGGUGUCUCUGGAGGAGCGGCUGCUGGAAUCGCCAUCGGCUGUCUCAUUGCAGGAGCAGCUAUUGCCGGGCUCAUUGUGUGGCUGCUGAUGCGAAGGUCAAGGAACAAAAUUCAGGCUGGAUUCCAAGAUCGCCCUGCAGCAGCCCACGCGGGGCCCGAGAAGCAACUCAUUCUUGGGGCGCCCUCCAACGCCAGCUCUGACUCAACCUUGAGGAUAGUCGAAAACCAUCUCCCGCUCCCGCUCGAAGAUAAUGCGAUCUCUGGAGAUGUUACGAAGCUCAGCACCCUGAUCAAAAACCACGUUCAGAGCUACUACCAUGAGUCUCCGGUCGCCUCAGGCACGGUCGAUCUGGAUGCUCUUCAAGCUCUCGGAGACAAUCUGCCUGUCUCCAUCGGAACCCUGGGAACAUUGCUGUCAAAUCCAACGACACGAGAAGUUGGCCUCCGAUUCUGUAUUGCUUGGGUCAUAAUAUCAAGAAGUAAACUCAACGGCGACCCUAAGACCACUCUGCUACCCCCAGAAGUAGUUCAAUGCGUAUCUUCCAUGAGCGCUAUAAACUGGGAGCCCAAAGCCUGGGACGCAUUUACGGCGAAUUGGAAAGCAAUAACCGCCGAAUGUAUAAAAAACGCGUAUCUUCCAAACCCGUUUGGCCCACAAGAUGCUCGCAACGCCAACAUUCUACAAGCCACAGAAGUCCUAGAGACAAUCUUGGCCCCAUUCGCCGUCACUCGAAUGGACCAUAGCACCCGACAACGGAACUUGGAGGAGAUCACUAAGCGGGCGGCUACCUUCGCAUUCGUUCUAUUCUCUCAACGCAGUUCAUGGAGACUAGAUUGGCCAGACUCUCGGACGAUGGCGCCCGGAAGCCUUGUAAUUUUCCCUGCGCUUGAGCAGUUAAUGGACGAAGAGGGCAAAAGGUUCCAGCCCCCGCGGGCUUUCAGCGAAAUGAUAGUGCGGCAGAUAGAUGAAUAAGCUAGCGGGUUGCAUGCGUGGUGGUUGGUCGCUCAGCGUUUGGAAAGCUGCAGGUUCUUUAUAGUUCGCUAGCGGCUUUGGAGUAGACACG